GCCGCGACGGGAAGAGCGGAACCUGCGGCAUGGCGGCGGGCGAGGGCGGGGCCGACGCGCUGCCCCCGCCCUCCCCCUUCCUGCCCGGCCCCGAGCGCGCCCUGGAGGAAGCGGCGGCCUCGGGCAAGCUGAGCCUGGCGGGCCGGCACCUGCGGCACUUCCCCGGCGGCGCGGCGCGGCGCUGGGACCUCAGCGACACCACGCAGGCGGAUCUGUCCCGGAACCGUUUUGCCGAGGUGCCGGAAGCGGCCUGCCGCCUGAUGGCCUUGGAAGGGCUGAGCCUGUACCACAACUGCCUGCGCAGCCUCCCCCCUGCCAUAGCCAACCUCCAAGCCCUCACCUACCUGAACAUCAGCCGAAACCAGCUGACCUCCCUGCCUGCCUGCCUCUGCCGCUUGCCCCUGAAGGUCCUCAUUGCCAGCAAUAACAAGUUGGCCAACCUGCCCGAUGACAUUGGCGCUCUCCGCAAUCUCCGCCAGUUGGAUGUUGGCAGCAAUGAGCUGCAGUCCCUGCCAGCGAGCAUGGGGGGCCUGGAGUCUCUUCGAGACCUCAGCAUCCGGAGGAACCAAAUCGACAGCCUGCCUGAAGAGCUGUCUGAACUGCCACUGGUGCGGCUGGACUUCUCCUGCAACCGCGUGGCUCGCAUUCCUGUCUGCUACCGUCACCUGCGGUACCUGCAGUGCAUCCUCCUGGAAAACAACCCCUUGCAGUCCCCGCCUGCACAGAUCUGCUCGAAAGGCCGAGUCCACAUUUUCAAGUUCCUGCACCUCGAGGCCUGCAGCAAGGCCAGGUUGGACCUGGAGGAGUUUGCCCGAGGAAGCCGCCCCACUGGCUUUGGCACGUGUCUCCUGGAGGAGUUCUACCCGAUGCGGCAGUACGGCGGCCUGGACUCCGGAUUCAACAGCGUGGACAGCGGAAGCAAGCGGUGGUCCGGAAAUGAGUCCACGGACGAGUUCUCCGACCUCUCCUUCCGCAUCGCGGAGCUGGCCCGGGAGCCCCGGCAGCUGAAGGAGAAGCGCAACGGGGCAGCUGACACCAGCGAUUUGGAACAGAUCGACGAUCUCGACAGCAGCGUCAACGGCGAGGAGGAGGAAGAGGCAAGGAGGGGGCAGGGCGGCCCGCAGCGUCUUGAGGAGGGACUCCCGGGGGCCGGUGAGCUGCAGAAGCCCGGGAGGAGCAGCCUGCAGAGGGCAGGCACCACAGAGCAGAGCCUGAGUGGCAGGGCCUCCGGGGGAGUUGGCCUGUGCCGGCCGGAGCCACCAGGAGAGGAGCGCCGUCGCCCAGAGGUCCUGCAGCUGUGGCAGGAGAGGGAGCGGCAGCAGCUGCAGCAGCCAUGGGGGGCCUUGUGGAGCCAGGGGCGAGAGAAGCGGGACAGUGGCCUGGCUGAGAACAGCAGCAGCCUCUCCCAGCUGAAGCAUCGCAGCCAGGGAGCCGAGCAGCCGGCUGGUUCCCCCAGACAAGCCCUGCACCACGGAGGUAAGUCCAAGAGGGAUCCGGCUCAGCCCCAGCACUCCGUGGCCGCCUGCCCUGCCUGCCGAGAGCCUGGCUUCCCGCAGAAGCCCAACAGCUUCCUCUUCCGCUCCUCGUCGCGGAACAGCAUCCAGCGGGGCUCUGGGUUCUCGUGGCCUGAGCCAUACCAUGCCGAGUCCAGUCCCCCGUCAAGGCUGCGUGCUGGAUCACAGGUGCUGGAUGAGAGAGAGCUAACGACUCACCUGCGGAAGGCAAUUGAGUCCCACCUGAAGAUCACUCUUGCUGAGGACCUGGGCGAGGCGCUGGCCAAUGGGGUGCUCCUGUGCCAGCUGAUCAACCACUUGCGCCCGCGGUCUGUGCCCUUUGUCCAUGUGCCCUCUCCGGCGGUGCCAAAGCUGAACGCCAUCAAAAGUCGGAAGAAUGUGGAGAGCUUCCUGCAGGCGUGCCGCCAACUGGGGAUUCCAGAGGUCUCCCUCUGCUCCACCUCUGACGUCGUCCGCGGCAACUCCCACGGCUUGCUCCGCCUCCUCCACGCGCUGCCGGGUCUUGCUCCAGGGGGGGCGGUGGCUCCUUCGCCUGCCGCCUCCCUGUCAGAGCACUUGGCCGGCUUUGGCGUCUUCUAUGUCUCUCUGAUGCUGCUGCUGUAUCUUGCCUAUCGCAAGCUCUGUGGCUUCUAA